AUGUGCUUCCGGCCUUUCGGUGAGGGGCCUGCGCUGAUUCGUCAGCUAGUCACUCUGACGCCCCGCCCUUUCCUCUCCCGCCAACCAAUCUUCGUCGGUGAUUGGUCAGAAUGUGAACCAAGCUCUGGCUAUUGGCUAGAAGUAAACGUCAAUCCUGCCCUGCACGCCAUCAAAGCACGCCUAUGGCCAAAGAAGGAGAGCAAAAAAUCCAAAGACGAGGCUCGAGUGGUGGAAAGGAUAGCCAAGAAGUCGCCGGCCUCGGCUGCCACAUGUGCCAUCCCGCAGCUGACUGAAGCAGAGAGGAUGAGGCAGUCACCGUUUGAGAGGGUCGUCUACGACAUGGCCCACGACCAGAGGAUCGUCAACGACCUGAUGCUCGGUCGAAGAGUCGGCUUCUACGAGCUGCGUGGAGAGAUCGGGCAGGGCAAUUUCGGCACGGUCAGGUUGGGCAUCCAGGCCUUGACGAAAGAGAGAGUUGCUAUUAAAAUCAUGGAUAAGCUGCGUAUGGACAAGAGGAGCCAGCCGAUGACUUCCUCAGAGAUCAGCUGCAUGGAGAAGCUGUGCCACCCCAACAUAGUGCGGCUGUACGAGGUGAUGGAGACCAGCAGGAAGCUCUAUCUGGUGAUGGAGUACGGCAGCAGUGGAGACCUGUUCUCCCGAAUCACCACCAGGGGGAAGCUUAACGACCUGGAAGCCAAGCUGGUCUUUGCACAAGUCCUCUCUGCUGUUAAACACAUGCAUGACAACAACAUUGUCCACAGAGACCUAAAGGCGGAGAACAUCUUCUACACCACCAGCUUCUGCAUCAAGGUCGGAGAUUUUGGCUUCAGCACAGAGAAAGGCCCCGACGAUCUCCUCACCAACUUCUGCGGCUCACCACCAUACGCUGCACCUGAACUGUUUCUGGAUAAAGGCUACGUUGGAUGCUAUUCAGACACCUGGGCCUUAGGUAUUCUUUUGUACUUCAUGGUGACGGGCACUAUGCCCUUUUAUGGGGACAAACUUGGGAGGUUGAAGCGCUGCAUCCUUCAGGGGGCCUACAGUAUCCCAUCUUAUGUGCCCAAUCCAUGCCAGCUGGUGAUUAAGGGCAUACUGCGGCCUGUGCCUGUUGAUCGCUCGUCUCUCACACAGAUUACAAACAGUGCUUGGCUGAUUGGGAUUGAGUACCCUCGUCCGUAUGUCUUGUUGCCCCUGUCCCCGGCACACUUUGCCCAGACCAACCAGGCUCUGUGUGUGGAGGAGCAGGAGGUGAAGGCUUUGCUGUCAGAUCUGGGUAUUACGACAGUCCAUUUCCAAAACAAUCCCUGCUUGGACUCUAGGAGCCCCUUGACGGGGACCUACCGGAUCCUUCUCCAUCGGGUCCAGAAGAGGAGGACAGUGGAGGCAGUGGGUUAUUCAGCGCUUUACCCUGAUGAGUAUGGGAGUCCCAAGAAGUGGACUGUAGCACCUGUGGACAAACACGAUCCCACGGCUGUUUGUGUUGUACUGUAAAGAGAAUUAACUGAACUGGACUUACUUUAGUUGUGGCACUUCAUCACAAACGCAUGUGUCCAAUUCAGGGUCCCUUAAUUUGCGAGACGUUUGGGUGCAUGUUGAGAAAUACUUUUCUCAGUUGUGCAAUGCUGGACUGAAAUGGCAAACAAAUGGAGGUUGAGGUCUGAGUCGGAGGGUUCUUCUGUCCCACAGUGUAAGUCAAUUAUAGCUUAUGGACUAGGGCGCCUCUCUUAUGUAAUCUGCUAUGGCUUUUUGUUCUGAUCAUUACAUCACCAACAAAAGCUUACUGACGCACGACAUUCAUCAAUCACUGUAUGGCCAUCAGCAUCUUUCAAUCCAUCUUCGUCAGUACAUCUACUGAACUAAUCCAAGGCUACAGGUAAUCCUAAUAAAAUAGAGAGUGCGAACAUGCUUAGGUAACAGAAAUGAAACCUGAGACUCUGGAAUAAUGUCCUGGGAAAAGGUUACGUCAGGCAAAGAACAAAAUUAGGACCACCUGAGGCCGGCACAAAAGACAAAAUGUAAAAACAGUCUGCAGCAAACCUAAAUGUGCUUUUUUGUUUCAGACAAAAACAGAUGCCUAAAAUGCCUUAAUUUAUAAAAAGUGCUUGUUAUAUUAUAACAUGUGUAUAUAUAUUAUAAACACUAGUCAUAUUUUCAUGAUUGUCACAAAAAGUCUGGACCACACAGAUCGUUUUACAUAUUGCGCAAUUUUAAUAUUAUUUUAUGAACAUCGAUAUUAAGUAGUGUGCUAAUGUUUGCUUAUGCUUUUAAGGGAAUACUUGUAUAAAUGCUUCAUGAGCACUGCCUGAACUUCAUUUUACUCUGUAUUAACAAUUACAGCAACGAAUAAGGCUAAAUUCAUUAACCAAAAUAACAGUAUUGUCAAACAAUGACUCUUAAAUAUUCUUCUUAAAUCUCCUCAUCUUUCCUUCCAGGCAGGAUAAUAUGAAUGUGUUUUUCUGCUGUAUGCUCGACUCCAGCCAGGAUUUCAUCUAUUUACAGAGAGAUUUCUACUGAGAUCUUGAAAGUUUCAGGCUUCCUUAUAAGCCCUGAAGUUUAAAGAAACAUUGACCUUUCAGCCAGUUUGCAGGAACUGAUUUUGGAGCCAUCUCAAGUACUUUCUGUAAAAGUGCUGAUAGUGAAAUAUGAUGCAUUUGUGAACUCUAGAGAGUUAUGAAGCAUUAAGCUGUGAGUUCUUUUCAAGUUGUGAAUUCCCCUCAAAGGGAGCCAGGCAUCACUCCUUCCCUAUUACUGUCACCUCGCAAUUUAGCGCCAAUUCUGCCAGUGUCUACAUGCACAUUAAUUCUGAUUAGUGAUUGACACUAUGAUGAGCGUCACAUUUUCCAAUAAAGUGUUGAACCUGCAGCCCGCAGCCAUUUCCCACAGGUGUGUCUACACAUUGUGCUGGCAGGAUUACCAAGGCCCCUUUGAGUGCCAAUAAGGAGUCUUGACUUGCUGUUUAUCUAGAAAGCCUGCUCUUGCUCAAUAUGACUCGUGUGAAAAUCACUAUCAUGCAACUGUGAAUAAUGUUCGUUGUGACAGAGAAUGAAAGUUAAACAACCAACAGUAUCUUUCUGCAGCUCCUGUUUCACCAGGUUGCAUGGGCUGAACUGAUGCAUCGAGAGAGAGUAAGUUGUUUUAAACCAGAGUAAAUCAUUCACUUUGACGUGAUCAAAGGUGGGCGAGAAUGACAUGAUGGUUUAUUAAACAUCGAGAGAAGCUUGCCUUUAGCUUAGUAUAAAAAGCCUAUACCAAAACGGAACAGAUUUUAAAAUCUUUGAACGAAAAUCAGAAAAUGACAUUCCUGAUUUUAACGUCACUCAGAAGUUUAAUUUAUUGGGGAAUAAUGAUUGUUUAAUCAGUUUAAAAUCUAAUGUUUAUUGUCUCUUAACAACUCAUAAAUGCCACAAAAGAUUUCAGAAAAGAUCUCAUAUCAUGAUUUCAUACAAUACUGUGUUUGAUCCAGUAACAAA